UCCCAAAUGUGGAUCUUUGACCCAGAACCGCAAUUGUCAAAUGUAGUGUUGAUACUACAAAUGCAGUGGUAAGAAUGCUGUCCGCUGAAGUGACAGCGAGUGAAUGUUCACACCGCAAUGAAGGGAACUGUGUGCGUAGUGAAAGCCCUACUGUGGAGGUUAACAGGAUACAUGGAAGCAUGGAGAGAAAUGCCACACAAAGUAACUGCCGUCCUAAUGAAUUUGUUCUGAGAUCCUCCUCUUAUCGACAUUCUGAAGAAAAGAUGAGGCAGAAACUGCAAUUUUUCUUUAUGAAUCCUAUAGAAAAGUGGCAAGCUAAAAGAAGAUUUCCAUACAAAUUUAUUGUGCAAGUUAUCAAAAUAAUUUUAGUAACCCUGCAGCUCUGUUUAUUUGCUCACAGUCGGUAUAACCAUAUUAAUUACACAUGGGAUAAUCGCAUUGCAUUUUCUCAUCUGUUCUUGAAGGGCUGGGAUUCUACAAGGGAGGUUAAUGCAUAUCCUCCAGGAGUCGGUCCAUUAGCAGUAUACCAGAUUUUUGAAUUUUACUUAACUAUAGAUUAUGCCAUUGCAGGGUACGCAAAUCUCUCAAAUGCUAUUGGACCUUAUUCUUACACAGAGGAGGAUAAUUCCAUGCCACCACCAGUACUAUGCAUCUGUCAUUAUAAAGAAGGUACAAUAUUUGGUUUCAAUGAGAGCUACGUUUUUAACUCUGAAAUUGAAGAAGUGUGUAUAAACAUGAAAAAUACAACAAAACCUUAUUCAAGUGAGGAAUAUCUUAGAGAGAAAAAAGUAAAUAUCAAUUUUUCUGCUUUGGUGAAGGCAACAUUGAAAUUUUCUGUGAAGACGAUAAACUUCAAAGCUGCUGGACCAAUUACUCCUCCUGACUGCUACAAAUUUGACAUUGAGAUCGACUUCGAUAAUAGAGAUCAUGAUGGUCAAAUGCUUUUGUCACUGGAUGCUGAUGCUGUCAGAUUAUCAUGCAAGGGCGAUGUGGAAUAUAUAGCGGAUAAUAAGCUCGAUUCGAUUCUCAGGACCAUACUAAAUUCAUUCGUGAUCAUCAUAUGCAGUGCAUCCUUGGUUCUCUGCAGCAGAGCAAUUUAUCGAGCUCAAGAACUGAAGUGGGAGACCAUUAACUUCUUUAAAGCAGCUUAUGGAAAGACCCUAAGUGUUGAUGGCCGUCUAGAGUUCUUAAACCUGUGGUAUUUGAUGAUUAUUGUAAAUGAUGUGCUUAUCAUUUUGGGGUCAGCUAUUAAAGAGCAGAUAGAAAAACAGCAAGUUGCUGGAGAUCAGUGGAACAUUUGCAGUGUACUUUUGGGGACUGGAAAUCUCCUAGUGUGGUUUGGAGUACUGAGGUAUUUGGGAUUUUUUAAGACUUACAAUGUGGUUAUUCUUACACUCAAGAAAGCAACACCCCAUGUUUUGAGAUUUCUUUUAUGUGCACUUCUUAUCUAUGCAGGCUUUACAUUUUGUGGAUGGCUCAUCUUGGGACCAUAUCACAUGAAGUUCCGAUCCCUAGCAAGCACAUCUGAGUGUUUGUUUGCCCUGAUUAAUGGUGAUGACAUGUUUGCAACUUUCUCCAUAAUGUCUUUAAAAUCACCAAUGUUAUGGUGGUACAGCCGAAUUUAUCUAUAUGGCUUCAUUAGCCUGUAUAUAUAUGUUAUUCUCAGCCUCUUCAUAUCAGUGAUAAUGGAUGCAUAUGAAACAAUAAAGCUGUACUACAAGACAGGAUUUCCAAAAAAUGACCUUCAGAUAUUUGUUUCUUCUGGAAGAGAUGAAGCUGUUUCAGCAAUUCAGAAUGAGUCAUUAUCAACAACAUUAUCAUCCCUCAGUGAUUUUGUUGACAGGAUAUGUUGUUGCCAGAGGAAACCAUAUGUGGCGUUGGAGUGUACAGAUUCCAGUGGUUUAAAGUCUACGUACACACAUGUUACAAAUGCAAACUGUAUUUAGACACCUAUAACAUUUCUGAAUUCUUUGAAACAUUUGGUGCUAAAUAUUUUGUGAAUAUUGUAUAAUCAUUUUGUUCAGUUGACAAUUUUGAGCAAUUAUAGUAAUACACUGUCUACAGGCGAGUAUCAUAUUUUGUAUAUAGCCACAAACUAGUCUUUGUGUAAAAUUUAUAUAAACAUCUGGAAUUUUUA